AUGGACCGACCGACAAUUAUCAAAGCCAAGGUCUAUGCCACGUCGGGCAUUAGAGAGAUAAGCCAGUAUCUUGAUAGUGGUCGCUUUCCGGCAAUUGCAUCCCUUACUCGGGAUGUUCUCUCUAUCCUAGUAACUGGUGCUAGUGUGGAACGACUUUUUAAUACUGCUCGUGAUAUCUAUUACUAUCGCCGAGGUCGCAUGAAGUCAAGAACGAUUAAGGAGCUUAUGAUGUUUCUCUAUACAUCGAAGUUUGACCUUGAAGUGGAGGAAGCAAAGCAGCUUAAGAAGCUUUACUCACAUAAGGAAAUUGAGGCAUUAAAGGAAGAGAGAGAAGAGAAGCCUGAUGACAUUAAUAUAUUAUUAAUUAAUGAUAUAGAGGAGGGUGAUAAGGACGAGCCUAUAGACUUGAUAGAUAUUCAAGAUAAGACCGUUAAGAAGGGGCUAGGCACUACUGACCUAGACCUUCUAGAGUGUAGUACACAGGUCCGAACGUCAGGGAGAAAACGGAAGACAAGAGAAGAUAAGAACUAUAAGCAUUACUAG